AUUAGUUAAGCUGUUGUUGCCCGUGCUGUUCGCUGGUUAGUUCUUGUGCUUUCAUUGCUUAUUCUCUUUCGACAGCAACACCAGUUCUGUUACACAUUCAUUGUAAAAUUAAGUUUUUCUGUCAGUUCAACAAAAUCAAAUUUUUUGAAAAAUCAAUUAAGAAACAAUGGCACGUACAAAGCAGACAGCUCGUAAAUCAACCGGAGGAAAAGCUCCGCGAAAACAAUUGGCUACAAAAGCCGCGCGUAAGAGCGCACCUUCAACCGGUGGUGUCAAGAAACCCCAUCGUUACCGCCCAGGUACGGUCGCUCUUCGUGAAAUCAGAAGAUACCAGAAGUCAACGGAGUUGUUGAUCAGAAAAUUGCCCUUCCAGCGAUUGGUUCGUGAAAUCGCUCAGGAUUUCAAGACCGAUUUGCGUUUCCAGAGUGCGGCCAUCGGCGCUCUCCAGGAAGCUUCUGAAGCCUACUUGGUCGGUCUCUUUGAAGAUACAAACUUGUGCGCAAUUCACGCCAAGCGUGUAACAAUUAUGCCGAAAGACAUCCAGUUGGCCCGACGAAUCCGUGGUGAACGUGCUUAAAUAAAUCCAGCUCGAACUAAUCUAAAAAUCCUAUUAUAUAUUUCAACAUUUCACCAAGUUCACCUAAAUAAUCAUCUUUAUUAUGAUUCAAUCUUAAAUAUUAUAAACUUUAAAUUCAGCAUUUUUAUUUUCGUUUUCGUUUAGAUUAUUUAUACAAACAUACAUUUUUAAUUAAACACAUUAAUUAUUAUUAAUUUAAUUGUUGUCACUGCCAAACACGUAGCAAUCGGCACGGGGUCGGUAAGAGUAGCCAAAAAUAUUAAAUUAAGAGUAAAAUUAUAAAUCUGUUCAUUUUGAGAAUUAAAAAAAAAAAUUAUUAAAUUAAAAAAAAAAAUUAUUAAAUUAAAAAAAAAAAAAAACAUGCGUGGAAAUUAUCCGAUAAAGCCAGAGACAAAAAAUUAACAUGUUUAAUUACGUGUCAGACAGUCAUGACAUCGCUUUUUAGUGUCACAAUACAUUGAACAAUUUUUUUUCAUUUUUUAUUCAACUCCACUGAUCAUUAGUAUAAACACUGAUCGUUAAUUGAUAGUCGAUUAAAAUUUAAAUAAAUAAUUAAAGAAAAAAUAAAAUCAGCAUUGUGAUGUCAUCUCUGUUGGCAUUGAAUCUUUUUGAUGUAUUUAAUUAAACAUCAUUAAUCACUAUUAAAAUUAAAAUUCAUUAUUAACAAAAAGGUUCAUAUGUACAAAUAGGGAGUAAUAUGUAAUAAUUUUUUGUAGGCAAUUAGAGUAAGAUUAUUAUUACAAUUAUAAUUAUUAAUUAUUAUUAUUAUUAAUGAUAUGUACUCUAGAAGUAACCGAGUUCAGAUUAAAUAAUUCGACAUUGCUUAUCUCA